AUUUGUUGUUAUUUUUCAGAAUAUUCAAUUACAUAUCAACAUCAGAAUCAAGCCAGUGCAAUUGCAUUUCCAACAAUACAGAUUUCUUUUGUAUAUAUAUAUCAUACUUUUUCCAUAUGUUGUUGAUAAUUCCAAAAUGUGAAAAGAAACACUGUCAUGAGUUCACCCACAAAUUCUGAUGAUUUUCUGAAGAGUCCUCUUGUAAUAUGGAUUCAAUCUUAUUUGGAUGCUCCAAUAACAUCAAAUGUAGAUUUAUCAAAUGGCGUUCUACUUAACAAAGUUUUAACACUUAUUGACCCAACUGUAUUCAGUGGUCUACGUCUCCAGAAUGCUGGUAUUAAUGAUAUCACUUCGAGGGCACAUAACCUAGCAGAAAUUUUACAUAGCAUUAAAAGAUUUUAUUUGGAGAAACUUCAACAGAUAGUUGUUUUGAAGAUUCCAGAUAUUUUGAUGCUAGCGAAAGAACCAAACAAUGAAUUAAGUCACUCUGAAAUGAGUACGAUCUUAUUGUUGAUUCUUGGUUGUGCAAUACAGUGUGAAAAGAAAGAGGAAUUCAUUGAGCAUAUUAAAGAAUUAACUGUUGAUGUUCAACGUGGUUUAGUUGCAUCUAUCCAAGAGAUAACAGAAAAUUCUGAAAAUGUGAUACCCUAUCGUGCCAGUGAGUUACCAGAGCUUUCCCAAGAGGAUCUUGUUAAUCUCUCUGAAAGUUUGUAUUAUCAGUUGCAAAAUGUUUUAGAACAAAGAGAUGAUUAUGUUGAGGCAAUGCUGGAUCUUGCUCUUGUUCAUGAAACUGGGGAAGAGAUGGAUGUUGUUGAGGAGUCACCAAGAUUUCGUCCCCGUAAUCCACUAAGUCCCCGUACCAGUUUUAGAUCAACUAAUAUCUUACAAGCUAAUCGACAGAGAAUGCAAACCAUACAAUCAGAACUAGACGACCGACAUGCUUUAGUUGCAGAGCUGAAAGAAGAACUUGAACAGAUGAAGUUACAGCUUGAUAAUAUCAGAUUGGAGAAUAAAGAAUUAGUGAAUGAGGCUGGUUGGGCAAAGUCAUACAGAGAUGAACUUGAUAUUGUUAAAGUGCAGUUGGAAAACACCACUAAAAUUCAAAAUGAAAAUACAAAGUUGAAAGAAAAAGUCAGAGAUAUGGAAUUCUACAAGAAAAGUUACUUGGAAAUAAAAGAACAGUCAGAUGUACUUUAUGAAUCCAAACUUGUAUUGGAAGAAAAAGUUGCUGGUUCUAAUUCUAAAAUGUCUCGAUUUGCUCACCUAGAGGAAGAAAACAACAGAUUAUAUGCUCAAGUAAAACUUCUAAUGGAAGAGCGACAGGAAGAUCAAAAUAAAAUACGUGAUUUGGUGGAUGAAGUGGCAAAACUAAGUAUUGAAAAACAAGAGAGCUUGUCUGCGUGUUCAGUUAUGAAUGCCGAAUUAGAUGGAUUAAAAAUGCAAAAACAAGAUGAUGGCUUAAACGUGCCUUUGCUUUUGGAAUAUAAUCAGUCUACGUCAACAGACAUCAUGAGACUGGAACGAGAAAAUAAACACUUAUCAGACUUAGUUGAGAAUUUACGAAAUACCACAAUUGAUACUAGAUUGCAAGAGUUGCAAAACGAUAAUACAAACCUUUCAGCCAGCAUUGUUGAUUAUAAAAACAUGAUAACGAAAUUAACUAAGGCUUUGUUAACUGCAGAUGGAAAGACAUCAAAAUAUAAAAGUCUUCUUUCAGAGCGAAAUAACAACCAUGAGUUAGGGAUGGUGAUUGGAUCACAGAAGGAUAACAUCAAAAAUCUCCAGGGCACCCUUACGAAGCGUUCUUCUGAGUUAGAACAAACAAAUGCCGAAUUAGAAAGCUUAGCGAGUGAAUUGGCUGUGAAAGGAGUAGUAGUGGAUGCUUCUGUUUUAAAGGACGCACUUUCAAAUGAUGAAGUUUUAAAUUCGCAAUAUAUUUCUGGUGAUAAAAUAGCUGCUGUAAAUGGAAAAAAACCUUCAACUAUUGUCUCUCUGGAAAAGCAAGUAAAAGAAGCAAAAGCAUGUAAUGUAAAGUUGCAGGAAGAUCUAGCAAUGAAAUUGAAAGAUGUUACAACCUUAGAAUCUAAGGUGAAACAGGUUGAAACAUAUGGAAAGAAGGUCGAGGAACAACUACAACAACGAGAGAAAGAUAUUGAUGAGCUUGAGAGGAGGUUUGAAAACAAAAAAACUGAAAAUAAGACACUUUCACAAAAUGCUGUCAUUCAUAAAGACAAAAUUUCUGCUCUUGAAGAAAGGGUCGAACACCUAAUGAGCUCAGCCAGCGAGGACACCAAAAAAAUAAAUAAAUCACUGGAACAAAAACUUCAAAGGAUUAGUGAACUGGAAACAAAACUCUUCCAAGUGGAAGAAGUUGCAAAAGAUCAUCAAAGGACUGAAGAACAAUUAAAAAAGAAAUUGGAACAAAAUGAGAAACUGCAAAAAACUGUUGAACAUCAUGAAGAGGAAAAGAGAUCUCUAGAACUACAAUUUGAAAAAGCGAAGAGUAGCUGUAUGAAAUUAGAACAUUGUGUUAAAUUGAAAGAUGAAAGAAUCGCUAGUCUCGAGUCAAAUGUGGAUAAACUUAGUGAAAAUGCUAACAACAAACAGAGUGAACGAAUUGACUUGUUGAUGCAAUCUUUGAAUACCAGAGCAAGUGAUAUUGCAGAACUGGAAAACAAAGUUGAGGAGCUGAUUCGUCUCAACAAUAAACUAAAAACAUCAAACCGUUCGAAAAAUGACCAGGUACAAAAACUAGAAGACAGAAUAUCUGAGCUGGAGGGACAACUUGAUGGCAAAAAUUCUCAACAGGUACAAGACGACCGCAUCAAGGUAUUAAAUAAACAGUUAACUGAACGAGAAGGACAAAUUGAUGAGCUUGAAGUAAAGUUAGAUGAGGCAAACAACACCUCAAGUAAAUUGUAUCGAACGAUACAACACCGCGAUGAGAAAAUCUUGGAACUGGAACAAAAGCUUCAAGAAGUGGACGAGUUGGCACAUCAACACGAGCUUUUAUCACAAAGGCUGGAUGAUCGAUCAAAAAAAAUCUUAGAUUUAGAGAUGCAGCUUGACAAGUUCCAAAAUGAUAACAACAAGUUAACUCGAACGCUUGCUCAAAAAGAAGAGGAAUAUGCUACUGCUACAAAAAGCCUUGGUACAUUAGAAGCUUCCAUAACUGAUCAAAGUAGCUUAAGUAAAUUAAUCCAGCUCAAAGAUACGAAAAUUCAAUCGCUAAACGGUACCUUGGACGAAAAAGACGAGGAGAUUUUUGACCUGAGAGAAAGGUUAUCUGAUUGUGACAGAGAUUUGAAGAAAUUAACACAUACAUUAAAACUACGAGAAGAAAAGCUGGCUCACAUGGAGAAGAGUUUUGAUAAAUUGAAAGAGUUAGAAGGGAAAAAUGCAAAAUUGUCAUCAACUAUUGAGCAAAAAGACAAUAAGAUAUGUAACCUUGAAAACAGUCUUGAUCAAUUAAAUGAGUUUAGUCGUUCAAAUAAUCGGUUAAAAGAAAACCUUCAUGCUAAAGAUGAGAAAAUUAACACUCUUGAGCAGAGGAUCGAUGAUCUGCAAGAAGCUGUAAAAAUGAAUGAGCGGUUGAAUCAACAAGUGAAACAGAAAGAAGAACGAAUUGUCUUGCUACAAGAAAGAGUGGAGGCUUUAGAAUCUCAAGUUCAUAAGUUAGAACAACAGCGAGAUAAAACUAAACAGACCGCCGAAUCUGAAAUUCAAAAGCUCAGUGCACAAAACCUGGAGCUCAGUGAAGUUAAAGUGAAAAGACAAAUGAGUAUAAUGAGAAGAGAGAAGAAGAUUGUUAAUUUGGAAACAAAACUAAAUGAGUAUGCUUCAGAAAAAGAGGAGAAAGAAAGCAGAAUUCAAGAUUUGCAAGCAAAACUGGAAGGUACAAUGUCUCAGCUUGGAUUAAGGACUGGUGAUAAAGACAAAAAAUUGUUUGAGAUGGAACAAAGGGUAAAAGAACUGCAAGAAACGUACCGUGAAAAUCAAAAGUUGUCUCGUGCGUUAACCGAAAAACAAGAAGAGUUAGCAACCAUUAAGAAACAGUUAGAAGAGUUUGACGUGAACAACACUAAAACAUUACACCAAUUGGUUGACAAAGAGGAGAAUGUGCGAGAAUUGCAGGAACGGCUGGAGGAGACACUAGCUUUGAAUAACCGUUUAAAUCAUAGCGUGAGAAAACAAGAAGAGAAGUUUAAAGCGCUGGAAUGUAACUUGCAACAGAACGAAAUGAAUUUGGAGAAACUGUCUGUUGAAGUUGAAACGAAAGACCGUACCAUAGAAAGGAACAAAGAAAGGCAAGAAGAACUGCAAAAACAACUUUUAGCCAAAGAACAAGAAAUCAUAGACUUGGAUAAACAAAUAUCAACCUUGCAGACUGGAGAAGUUGAGAGAAAUCGAUUGGUACUUUCAAUAAAAGAGAAAGAAUCAAUUAUAACAGACUUACAAGAGAAGGUACAAGCUAUUCCCAGAAACAAAAAUGAAGAAAUCAUUAAAGCUCUUCGGCAAAAGGAAACUGAAGUGGAAGCAUUACAGAAGAAAACAAACGAUCACGCUAGUGAAAGACAUAAAACCAAAUUACAACUGCAAGAAAAAGAUGGAGUCAUAGCUGAUCUGGAAAGAAGAAUUGAAGAGCUUCAACUCACUGUCUCUGGUAGUGACAAAUUAAACAACGUAGUGAAAGAGAAGAACAAUCAGAUAACACUCCUGCGACAAAGUUUAGACGAACUGCAAAGCCAUACUGCACAGGUUGAAACAAGAGUGGAACAGUUAUCAUCUGAUCAAACGAAAGCCACGCAUGCCAUCAACCAAAAAGAGGAAAGGUUGCGUGUGCUGAAAAGUCAGUUGGAAGAGUAUGUCAACAAAAACCAUGGGUUGACUAACGAUUUGCAGAUGAAAGUCGAAGAAUUAAAGUCCUUGAAGAAAAGUUUGGUGGAGAUGACGGCGAGAAAUAAGGAUUUAGAAGAGGACAUCAAUAUGUUGGAAAAGGAUUUGGAGGAAUUAAAGAAAACUGGAAGCUUAAAAAAUAUAACAAAUAUUACAGAAAAGAUACAAUUAACUAAAAGAGCUAGGACUGAGCUUCACAUUCAGCGUGGACCACCUAAGAAGCUUACUCAACAAGCACAAAAAAUUGAAAUAAAGAUGUCUCCAAAUAAUUACGAAGAUGGUCACACCCGAGAAACAAUAGACAAGUUACAGGAAGGAAAUGAUUUGCUGGAGAAACAGAAAUCUCAACUUACAGAUCAGAUAAAGAGUUUGUCUUCUCAGAAUGCUGCACUGCUAAGCAAGAACGAGACAUUAAAGAGUGAUUACGACCUUCUCAAAAGUGACUAUGAAGGGAUACAACAAGAAAUGAACGAGGCAAGAGAGCAUUUCCAAGAACUCGAUGUUUCGGCUACAAAAAUAGCUCACAGAUGCGAGGUGUUAGUUCAACUAAACGCCACACUGGAGGAAGAAAACAAGGCGCUUAUGGAUCAAGUCAACAAAUUGUUAGCGCAGAAUCAAGAGUUGCUAAUGACAACACUCCAUUCACGGGACCAAUACAUAGAUGAAGAAAGAACGUUCACUGAUCACAUUUACGAGCUGGAACGUGAGAGAGAGAAACUUUCUGAAAAAGUGUUUGCCGCUGAGAAAGCUUUACAGGAGUCUGGUAACAAAAAGAAGGGUGUGUUAUGGAGAGGAACAAGAAAAAUCUUGAAAAAAGCAGGCUUAGCUAAGAAAAAAGAUAGCAAUGUGUCUGGAACUUUAUCUCCGGAGUAUGACAGCAAUAUGUUCUCCGAUUCAAGUACGAGUCCUACUUCCACACCAAGUAGACCAAAAUUCACCUCGUAUGAUUCUGUGCAACCGUCGUCGGUGCGAAGCCCUGUAGGUCCUAUUCGCGGUUUGUUAUCUCGCAGUCGUCAAGAUAUCUCGCAAAUCGAUAACAGUGUGGUGAUGAGGAGACCGGCUGCUCUAACAUACAGUGGAUCUUCUGCUAGUGACACUGCAAAUCGACACGCUGCUUUCAACAAGACUAGACCAAAAUCUGAGUUCCGUCCCUCGUUCUCAGGUGCUGAUUACGAGAGUCCAGUUUCAACUCGCCGUCAGCUACAUCGUCCGCGCAGCAUGGAGAAUAUUAGAGCACAAGAGUCAGUGGAUACUGAAGAUGAUUGUGACAUCAUUCCACUGGAUAAAAAAGAGCAACCAUUACUGGAUAGAAAGAGUAGUUUGCCAAUUGAGAGAAAGGAUAGUACACUGUCUAGAGUUUCUCAAAAGCGAGCGGUGGCAAGUAACCCCAACAGUACCUCUUCUACGCCAACUAGUUCGCGCAAAUCGAGUGGACCGAACACACCCAUACAAAAAGUUCGAGUGACUCAAAUGACAACUGCACAGGUGAUGAAAGCCUCGCCAGAGACCGUUACAGUGGAUUAUAUUGCUCGUCAAGCGUUGGAUUUCUCACCUCGUUCCAAUCGAAAACAACCACGUGCUUCCACUUUUACGUCCACACCUGUUCCGCGUGAUCAAAAAUCUCGUAACGGCGAUUUUGUAGAGCCUUUGGUGCUCAGCAGAAAUAACAGCUUACGUACAGGACGAAGAAGAUCCGAUCAGAAUAGGUCGUUUGAUUCUACUGAUGAUAGUAGAAGCAUCACCUCCGGAGGCUCAUUGUCCCACCGCUCGAAUGAGGAAGUACGUCGGCUUAAUCGAUCGGAGAGCUUUUCGCCACCAGCUUCAAAUGCCCCGUUCGGGACUCGGGAACAAAGAUCGUCUUUUAGGAGGUAUGAAAUUGAGCAGAUGGAGCCUAGAGUUCUCCCGAGUACUCGUGGUUCAGAUAGCGAUGAAGAAACAACGGCUCCACCUCGACCACCAAGGUCUAGUUUGGUGGAGCUUACUGCGCAGCGGUUCGGUGAACGCGCUGCAGUGAAAAAAUAUGAAACGGGUAGUAUUCCAUCGCAAGACAAAACAAGUGAUUUGAAAAGAACAGAUUCAGAGAGGAAGAAAAAUCCAAGUUGGUAUGAAUACGGAAGUGUGUAAAUUAUUUAAAAAGAAAUGGAUUGGUAUGUUUGUUAACGUGGUGCGAACAGAUAGAAAAAGCUCGUAGUUAGUUUUUAAAGUAGUACAGCAUUCAAUAAGUUGUGUGUGUUUGUCUUUUUGUAAAUGAUGUCAGGGACAGAGUGGUAGAUUUUUUACUUGCACAUAUAUAUAUAUAUACAUGCACCGUAGAUUUUGUAGUACACAAAUCUUGCUUGCACUCCAAAUCCUCUUCAAAGUGUUUAUAUUGGAAGUUUUUAGUUGAGCUAGAGAAUAUUGGUUUAUUGGUUAUAUAUUAUUUGUUUCUUUUAUACUUUUUGGAUAUCCACUAUGCUGGAGCAUUAAUUCUCGGAUUUGUAGAAGUUUGUCAAAUUGUUUACAUUUGAGUUUUCGUUCGUCUUGAACAGGGCGAACAAAUGAAUGCACUUCCAGUGUUUUUUAGCAAGUUUUUAUUAUAACCAAAACAAGGCAAAAGUAUUGGUUUUGCUGAUCAAAAAAGAAUUUAAAUCCGCUGAAUGGUUCUAAUGUUUUUGCAUUAAUUGUCCUUAUGUAUUUUGUUUGUUUGUUUGUUUUUUGUUUUUUGAUGCAGAUACUUCGACAAAAUUUUCAAAAAUAAUUUAUCACGUGAUCGUUUAUAAUUUGUGUAGAUAGCCUGCUGUAAGUUAUUGCUAGACCUUCUGGUAAAAAAAAUGUGCUUAAUAUAUUGAUAUGAAAACAAAAUAUUUCCUUGUCGGCUUUUUUAAUAUACUAAAUUCUCAAAAA